AUGAUUUGUGUACAAGAGACUAGGCGGGUAGCAGAUAAGUCGCGGGAUGUGGGCAGUUUCAAACUUUGGUAUUCUGGGAGGAUGGGAGGCAGGAACGGGGUAGGUAUCUUGGUUGAUAAGGACCUCCGUGAACUAAUGGUGGAAGUUAGGAGGGUGAAUGACAGACUGAUGACUAUUAAGCUAGUUGUAGGAGGUUUUACCUUGAACAUAAUCAGUGUGUACGCACCCCAAACAGGCUUGGAUGAGGAAGUCAAGAAGCGGUUCUGGGAGGAUUUGGAUAAGAUGGUGCAUGGUAUCCCGCAUACCGAGAAGCUUUUCAUAGGAGGAGAUUUCAACGGCCACAUUGGAGCGACGUCUGGGGGAAAGUCCUAUAGAGGUCUUUGCACGGAUUAUAAGGUCAUCCCGAGUGAGAACCUCUCGACCCUUCAUAGGCUCCUGGUCAUGGAUCUUAAGAUCACGAGGAAGAGGAGGAAGAUGACGAUGUAUAGCCAACAUAUGAUCAAGUGGGGAGCCUUGACGGAAGCUAAAGCGCAGGAGUUGGGGGACAAGUUGGUGACUAUGGGGGCUUGGAGGAGUAGUGGGGAUGCAAGCGCUAUGUGGACCACGACUGCGUAG